UAACCAACUUCAAACGUCAUUUCGUCAACAUCAAUUCAAAUGAAAAAGUAAAUAAAAACAAAAAUUCUAAAUAAAAAAAAAUGGAAAAGCUAAAAAAUAUUACAACUUUAAAUAUUAAUUCAUCCUGCAGAACAUGUCUUGAAAAUGUAAAUAACUCAGAAACCUAUCACAAUGUAUUCGCAAUACCAGAUCUCGGUAAAAAAUUAACUGUGUGUACUUCGUUGCCCGUAGAACCAGAUGAUGGCUUUCCAUCAUGUUUAUGCGAAUCAUGUCUAAAAAAAAUUAAUGAUUUCUAUAAUUUUCAACAAAUGUGCAUUUCGGCUAGAAAACAAUUCCAAGACUAUAUUAAUUCAGAGAAUAAACUAAAAAGCUUUGAAUUGGGGCGGGUUCAUUCAAUUGAUUUAUCAUCAGUUUUAGAAAUACCUUUCGAAGCUAAGAAAGAGGAUAAUGAUGAUACAGAUUUUGUUGAUGCGAAUGUUAUUAGUCAAGGUGAGUCCUCCUCAACUGAAGUUGAAGACUCGGACGAUGAUGAACCAAUUGUUAAAUAUCUUGCAGCUAAAAAAGACAAUUCCACAAAUAGUAAAUUAAUAGAAAAUAAAGAUUCCUUCAAUGAUACAAAAGAUGCUAAUAGCAAAAAGUCAAACUCUUCUUCUACUAAACCCAACUUGCACUGUGAAAUCUGCAAUAAAGGGUUUACCAAAACCGAGACCUUUGACAUUCAUAUGCGUAUGCAUCAAGGACUGAAACCAUUCCCCUGUCAACAAUGUGACAAAUCUUAUGCACGACCAGGUCGACUGAAAGUCCACAUGCGUGUCGUGCACGAGGGGAAACCUUUCCCCUGCACUGAGAUGGGAUGCAACAAAACUUUGUCCUCAAAACAAACUCUUCGACAACACAUUGCGGAAAUGCAUUCCCCUAAAGAUGAAAACAUUGGCAUUAAGGAAAAACCCAGAUUUGUAUGCGAAGAGUGUGGAAAGGUACUGAAAGGUUUAAGUACUCUUAAGAACCAUCGCUUUUUACACAGCGGACAACCACGUCCACACGCUUGUCCACAAUGCCAUAAGCGUUAUAUGACCAGGUGUAAACUCAAAGAGCACAUGAAUAGACAUGCUGGCAUCAAAAACUUUGUUUGUCCUCAUUGUGGAGCUAAGAAGUCUUCACGUAGUGAAUUGAAAAACCAUGUAAACUAUCACACCAAAGAGAAAACCUAUCCAUGUCAUAUUUGCAAUAUGGUAUUUAAUAAUAUUGUGAAUUAUAGCCGACAUAGGCGAGUAGUUCAUGAAGGUAUUAAGAAUUUUGCUUGUUCGUAUUGUGACAAGUCAUUUGGCAAAGCAGAGACGAGGAAGCAUCAUGAAAUGACUCAUACUGGAGAAAAACCACACGAAUGCAAUAUAUGUCAUAAGAAAUUUAUUCAAAUUGUUUCUCUGAAAAAACAUCAAAAAGUACAUCUCAAAGCAAUGGGAAAUGAUCUUCAAUUGAAACUAAUCAAAUGUAUAUCAUUGCCAGUGGAACCAGGCGAUGGAUUCCCAUUAGCUUUAUGUGAAUCAUGUUACACAAAAAUUAAUGAAUUUUAUAUCUUUCAACAAAUGUGUAUAUUAACUAGAAAGAUAUUUCAGGAAUUUCUAAAUUCGGAAAGAAAACCUUGUAUUGAUUCAAUCCAUUUACCGUCGACUGAUUCGACGAUGUUGAUUCAAGUUAAAAAUGAGAAUGAAAAGGUAGAUUAUAGACCCUUUGAUCAUUGUUCAGAACUCACUAACGAACAAGUUUCAAUAAAAGUUAAGGAACAAAUCGAAAACUUAUCAAACGAAGAAGAACUAGAUCAAAAUCUAGAAAUUAAAAGAAACACCCAAUCAAAAUCCGACAUUAAUCUAAGCAAUAAACCGUCUUAUGAUUUAAUGAUGGUUACAGAAACUAGAAAUCAAAACGAUGAUAAUAGUUCCAUAUCAGUUGAUGAAUUUUCACAACUGGUUAAGGAAGAAUUUUCACUUGAUGUGAAAGUUCAAGAAAGAUUCUCUUCAAAUGAAGAUGAAUCAAACCAAAAAACUAUAAAUGAGAUUUCUAGCAAUGAUGGCGAAGGAAUCCUUGAAAAAUCCACUGAGACUAUAGUAAAACCUAUCAAGGCAACUCGUAAAAGGAAACCCGAGUGUAAAAUCUGCAAAAAACGCUUUAGAAUGGUUGAGAAACUUGAGAUACAUAUGCGCCAGCAUCAAGGACUCAAACCAUUUCCUUGCCUUUUUUGUAAAAAAACAUAUUCUCGACGAGAUACACUUAAAUAUCAUAUGCACGAUAAACACAAGUUAAAACUAACUUCCACUGAAGUUGAUUCCAAUAUUAAUCCAAGCAAUGUUCCAAAGGACGAUAAUGGGAAAAUCGAUGAAGAAGUAUAUCCUAUUUUUCUUGAUCAAUUUCCAGAGCUUGAUAAGAGAGAAAAAAUUGACUAUCCAUCAAAUGAUAAAAAAUCAGAAGAUAGUCUAGAGAUUUCCUCAGAAGACCUUUUCAAUCGAAUACACAAAAUGAAAAAAACAACCAACACUUUGGUAAGAGCUGCUUUUGAAAAAGAUAAAUUCAAUUUGGAAUGUGAAAUCUGUAAGCAAUGCUUUAAAAAACCCGAUAAACUAGAAAGGCAUCUGCGUUUUCACAAAGGACUUGCACCAUUUCCAUGUCAGUUGUGUCAUAAAGCUUAUUCACGAAAAAAUCGACUCACUUUGCAUAUACGAGAAAAACAUUCUGGAAAUAACUCUCAGAAAAAAGAGGAUUCAAAUGACCAGGAAUCAGAAAAAAGUCAACCAUGUAAGAUAAAUGAAGAGGAGAACUCAGGAGAGUUAAUAAUGUCAACGAAAGUUAAAAAGGAAAAUUUAGAGGAGAAUCUUAUAAUUCCUGAUCAAUAUUCCGAACUUGUUAAAAUAGAACUAUCAAUUAAUGAGAAUGAUCAAAUGGAAUUCUCAGAAGGCGAAGAAAGUCAACAAUCUUCGAAUUUCAACAAUGAUUGCGAUAAAAUAGCAGAAACUGAAGAAACCGCUGAUACUGUAGAAAUAUCGGACAAAAAAUCAGAUUUCCAACGUAGCACCCGACCUUACAAACAAAGAAAACCUAGAAAAUCUUUUGUAUGUGAACAAUGUGGUAAAGUUUUGGCAACCGUAAAUACCCUCAAAAAUCAUCUCUACUUGCACACUAAUCAAGAACUACCUCACGAGUGUCCACAAUGUCAGAAAAGAUAUAUAACAAAAAGUCUACUCAGACGACACUUGGACCGUAACGUUUGUAUAAACUACAUCUGUCCAUAUUGUGGAGUUAAACAAAAAUCACAAAAAGACUUAAAAAGACACAUGAUAACUCACAGUAAGGAUAAAAAGUAUCCAUGUCGGUUGUGUGAUUUGGUAUUUUAUAGUUAUGGCAAAAUUAAUAAACACAUGCAGACAGUUCAUGAGAUCAACAAGGAUUUUACAUGUUUGUAUUGUGGCAAGUCAUUUAGUACAGCAGAGGCGAGAAAGCAUCAUGAAAUCAUUCAUACUGGAGAAAAGCCGUUUGGUUUCGCAAAUCCCAUAAAAACAAAUUUAAUAAAAAUGGAACAAUUGGAGCAAUUUUACAACCUCGAUAAAUACUCCUCCUGCAGAGCUUGUCUUGGCAAUCUAAGUAACAUGGAAAACCAUUACGAUGUCUUUGCCAUACCUGAUCUUCAACAGAAGUUUACUCAAUGCACAUCAUUACCUGUGGAACCAGGUGAUGGCUUUCCAAUACAAUUAUGUGAAACUUGUUCUACCAAAAUUGAAGAUUUCUACACUUUCAAAGAAAUGUGUAUAUCAUCUAGAAAUCAAUUUCAAGAUUAUAUAAAUUCCGAUAGAAAACCAUGUUCAACAGAGCUCUCAAUUGUUCCAAACAAUUUGUUGCUUUUAACUGAUACUAAACAGGAGAAUGAGGACGAAGAUCCUAUAAGUCUUGAUCAGUUUUCAAGUCUUGUUAAAACAGAACUUUUGAUAAAUGACGAAGAAGAAGAUUCUGAACAAAGUCAGAAUCUUCUUGAAUGUAACCAGGGUACUUUCAAUGACACGACAAGUUCCAUUGAGAAGAAAAAGUCAAAAAAUGUUUUCAGUAAAAUGCAUUUAGAAUGUAAAACCUGCCAAAAAUCCUUUAAGAAAACUGAAACUUUACAAAGACACAUUAUAUCCGUACAUAAGGGUCUCAAUCCAUUUCAAUGCCAUCUGUGUGAUAAGUCCUAUGCCCGACAUCAUCGACUCAAAUUGCACAUAAAAGAAAUACACAAUGGCAUAAAAGAAACAUUUCCCUGCACAGAGUGUGACAAAAUAAUGUCCACAAAAGAUAAUCUUCGUCAACACAUGAGGGAUACACAUUGGCAUAUUCAAUGUGAACAAAACCUUGUUGAGAAUUCCAUUAACGAAAGCAUAGAACUUAAAGAAAAUGAAGAAACCAUUGAUUCUAUUCGAGACGAAAAGACAAAUAAACUUUCGACUAAAGCUAACUUUAAAUGUGAAAUAUGCCAGAAAUUAUUCAAGUCGAAUGAAACUUUAGAAAGGCAUAUCCGCGUACAUAAAGGACUCCAACCGUUUACCUGUCAUCUAUGUGACAGGUCUUAUAAUCGACGAAGUCGACUCUUAUUGCAUAUUAAAACAAUACACGAAGGUAUACCAAAUGAAAAAAUUCCCUGCACUGUGCCUGGAUGCGACAGACUAUUGGCUAGCAAGCAAACACUUCGCCAGCACAUCAAGGAUAUGCAUUGUAAUGUUGAGAGAAAGCCCAGGCAACGUCAUAUAUGCGAAGAGUGUGGCAAGGUUCUGACAAGUAUAACUACUCUCCAGAAUCAUAUGUACCAGCACACUGGACAGGAACUACCUCAUGAGUGUCCACAAUGUCACAAACGUUUUUUAAAGAAAUGUAAACUUAAAGAGCAUAUGAUGCGACAUGCUGGCAUUAGAAAUUACAUUUGUCCGGUUUGCGGGGCAAAGAAAACAACAAAACACGAACUCAAAAGACACAUAAAUUUUCACAAUAGAGAAAAGAAAUUUCCAUGUCAAAUGUGCGAUAUGUCGUUUUAUAAUAUUUGGAGUUAUAAUCGACAUAAGCGGAUCGUUCAUGAGGGUGUUAAGAAAUAUAAAUGUUCCUAUUGUGAGCAGGCAUUUGGAAAAGCAGAGACGAGGAAACAUCACGAAAUGACACACACUGGAGAGAAACCACAUGAGUGCGAUGUGUGUCAGAAAAAGUUUAUACAAUAUACUGCUUUGAAGAAGCAUAAAAUGGUACAUUUAAAGCAUUCGAACCAGAAUUAAAAUGGAAAAAGAAUAAUUAUUAUAAACUCGUUUCUCAUUGAAUUUCUUUUAUAUAUAAUUUCAAAUAACUUACAUAAUAUAUAAACUCUUGAAUGUAAUUUUUUGUUUGAAUUCAUUGUAUUUCAUUUAUCUUUAAAAUUAAUAAAAAUGGCUAUUUUGACUUAAAAAAAA